AUGAACGGCACCGAUAAUAGGCGGCGAGAUCGCAGGGACACAAGGAUUUCGAAGAAGCAGAAGCUCAUUCUCAACGCCGAGGAGCAGCUUGAGUCAAAACUCGGCUAUGAUCUUUUCACCGAAGGGGAUAAACGCCUUGGUUGGCUCCUCACUCUCGCAUCUUCUUCUUGGGAGGAUCAAGAGACUCAUAAAGCGUACAGUUGCGUCGACCUCUAUUUUGUUUGCCAGGAUGGUUCAACAUUUAAAGCUAAGUAUAAGUUUCGGCCAUAUUUUUAUGCGGCCACAAAGAGUAAAACGGAAAUGGAUGUAGAGGCGUAUCUUAGAAGACGAUAUGAAGGUCAAAUUGCAGACAUUGAGAUUGUGGAGAAAGAAGACCUUGAUCUUAAAAAUCACCUCUCUGGCUUAAGCAAAAGUUAUCUGAAGAUAUCUUUUGAUACUGUUCAACAACUGAUGAACGUCAAGAGUGACUUGAUGCAUAUUGUGGAGAGAAACCAAGCAAAGUUUGAUGCUUCAGAAGCAUAUGAAUUUAUCUUGACAGGAAAAAGCGAUCAAAGGCCUCAAGAUUUUAUAGAUUGUAUCACGGAUCUUCGUGAAUAUGAUGUCCCAUAUCAUGUUCGCUUUGCCAUUGACAAUGAUGUAAGAUGUGGACAGUGGUACGAUGUUACUGUUUCCAGUUCAGGAAUAGAUCUGAAAAGGAGGACAGAUCUCUUGCAACGUGCUGAAGUCCAUGUUUGCGCUUUUGAUAUUGAAACCACAAAGCUCCCUCUGAAGUUUCCAGAUGCUGAAUAUGAUUCAAUAAUGAUGAUCUCUUACAUGGUUGAUGGACAGGGUUAUCUGAUCAUAAACAGAGAGUGUGUUGGGGAAGAUAUUGAAGAUUUGGAGUAUACUCCAAAACCUGAAUUUGAAGGGUGCUUUAACGUUUCUAAUGUGAAAAAUGAGGUUGAGCUUCUUCAGCGAUGGUUUUCUCAUAUGAGAGAAGUGAAGCCUGGAAUCUAUGUAACCUAUAAUGGCGACUUUUUUGACUGGCCAUUCAUCGAGCGUAGAGCUGCACAUCAUGGUUUCAAAAUGAGUGACGAGCUUGGAUUUCAGUGUGACAAGAACCAAGGCGAAUGCCGAUCCAAAUUUGCCUGUCAUUUGGAUUGUUUUGCAUGGGUUAAACGUGAUAGUUAUCUCCCACAAGGAAGCCAUGGCUUAAAGGCUGUUACAAAGGCAAAGUUGGGUUAUGAUCCCCUUGAAGUAAAUCCUGAGGAUAUGGUUCGGUUUGCAAUGGAGAGACCCCAGAUGAUGGCAUCCUAUUCUGUUUCUGAUGCUGUGGCGACCUACUAUUUGUAUAUGACUUAUGUUCAUCCUUUCAUUUUCUCUCUGGCAACCAUCAUACCCAUGCCUCCCGAUGAAGUUUUGCGCAAAGGAAGUGGAACUUUAUGUGAAAUGCUUCUUAUGGUCCAGGCUUAUACAGCUAACGUUAUAUGUCCAAAUAAACACCAAUCAGAUCCUGAAAAGUUUUACAAUAAUCGUCUCUUGGAGAGCGAGACAUAUAUUGGCGGACAUGUUGAAUGCUUGGAAAGUGGCGUUUUCAGAUCUGAUCUACCAACAAGCUUUAAACUUGAUCCAUCUGCCUAUGAGCAACUUAUUGACAACCUUGAUCGCGAUCUUCAAUAUGCCAUCAAAGUAGAAGGAAAGAUGGACUUGGAAACAGUUUCAAACUAUGAUGAAGUAAAAGUUGCAAUCAUUGAAAAGCUUAAAAUGUUACGCGAUGACCCUGUACGUGAAGAAUGUCCCCUUAUCUACCAUCUUGACGUUGCUGCCAUGUACCCAAAUAUUAUAUUGACAAAUAGGCUUCAGCCUCCGUCGAUUGUCACGGAUGAAAUUUGCACUGCAUGUGACUUCAAUCGUCCAGGAAAGAAUUGUUUGCGUAAGCUUGAAUGGGUUUGGCGCGGGGAGACUUACAUGGCAAAGCGAAGUGAUUACCAUCAUCUUAAGAGGCAGCUUGAGUCAGAGCUUGUUGAAGGUGCAGAUGGUCAGUUAGGAAAAUCUUUCCUUGAUUUGCCUAAAGCUGAGCAGCAAUCAAAACUCAAAGACCGUUUAAAGAAAUAUUGCCAAAAGGCGUACAAGAGAGUUCUUGACAAACCAGUUACAGAACUUCGAGAAGCAGGAAUUUGCAUGCGGGAAAAUUCUUUCUACGUCGACACUGUCCGUAGUUUUCGAGAUAGGAGAUAUGAAUACAAAGGACUUAAUAAAGUCUGGAAGGGAAAGUUUUCAGAAGCUAAAGCUAGUGGAAAUCCUAUAAAGAUUCAGGAAGCCCAGGAUAUGGUAGUUCUUUAUGAUUCUUUGCAACUGGCUCACAAGUGUAUCCUCAACUCCUUCUAUGGAUAUGUUAUGCGGAAAGGGGCGAGAUGGUAUUCGAUGGAAAUGGCUGGAGUCGUUACUUAUACAGGAGCAAAAAUAAUCCAGAACGCUAGAUUGCUGAUUGAGCGAAUUGGAAGGCCCCUUGAACUAGACACUGAUGGAAUUUGGUGUGCAUUGCCUGGGUCGUUUCCCGAGAAUUUCACCUUUAAAAUAAAAGACUCUCAGAAGAAGCUUACAAUCUCUUAUCCAUGUGUUAUGCUUAAUGUUGAUGUAGCGAGAAACAAUACAAAUGACCAAUAUCAGACUCUCAAAGAUCCUGUCAAUAAGACAUACAAUACGCACAGUGAAUGCUCUAUUGAGUUUGAAGUGGAUGGACCCUAUAAGGCCAUGAUUCUUCCGGCUUCCAAAGAAGAAGGCAUCUUAAUCAAAAAGCGAUAUGCAGUCUUUAAUGAUGAUGGGACCCUGGCAGAGUUGAAAGGUUUUGAGAUCAAACGACGAGGGGAACUCAAGCUCAUCAAAGUUUUUCAGGCUGAACUCUUUGACAAAUUUCUUCAUGGUUCAACCUUAGAGGAAUGCUACUCAGCUGUGGCUUCUGUUGCGAAUCGUUGGCUUGAUCUUCUAGAUAAUCAAGGAAAAGAUGUUGCAGAUAGUGAACUGCUGGAUUACAUUUCAGAAUCAAGUACUAUGAGCAAAUCCUUAGCAGAAUAUGGAGAACAGAAGUCUUGUGCUGUAACCACGGCAAAACGUCUUGCUGAUUUUCUUGGAGAUACAAUGGUUAAAGACAAAGGAUUACGUUGCCAGUAUAUUGUUGCUUGUGAGCCAAAGGGAACCCCUGUAAGCGAGCGUGCUGUCCCUGUAGCUAUUUUUGAAACUGAACCUGAGAUUAUGAAGUUCUAUGUGAAAAAGUGGUGCAAAGUAUCGUCAGAUGGUGGCAUACGUUCCAUUAUUGACUGGUCCUAUUACAAACAGCGGCUUAGUUCUGCAAUUCAGAAAACCAUAACUAUUCCAGCUGCUAUGCAAAAGGUUGCAAAUCCUGUCCCAAGGGUUACUCAUCCUGACUGGCUUGAUAAGAAGGUUCGUGAGAAAGAGGACAAAUAUCGUCAAAGGAAAUUGGUUGAUAUCUUCAGUUCGCGUAGCAAAACAGAUGGUGCAAAAGCAAUAAAUGAUGGCAGCACCAAUAAACAGGGAUCAGAUGAACACACUACUGCUGAUCUGGAGGAUUUAGGGUAUAAUGGUAAAACGUUUACUGGUGGACCUAGACCCAUUGUUCGCUGCUAUAAAGCUAAUGGUGAGCAGCAUCAGGCUACAACAACUAGUAAAAUGGAUUGUUGUGCACGGCAAAGUGAUGGCCAGGAAGAUGGCAAAUCUUCUCAAGGAAUUGAAAGCAUUGACAGGAAUGUAAAUUAUGAGGGAUGGCUGGAACUGACGAAAAGAAAAUGGAAAGAAACACUUGAGAAAAGGAAGCGGCAGAGGAUGAACGCAGCAAAUGCAUCAAGUUUUAUGAGUAGUAUUGAUGAAUCUCCUGGUCUCAUAUUCAAACACCGGAAGGCCAGAGGUCGAGUUGGGGUCAACUCUUAUUUUGAGAAUCAUCAAAUGGCUCUUACUCGCAGCCACUGGCAGAUAAUUCAGCUUCUACCAAGUUCACAGCCUGGACAAUUUUUGGCUUGGAUAGUGGUGGAAGGAAUCAUGCGUAAGGUUCCUAUUAUUGUUCCUAGGGUAUUUUAUCUGAACUCUAAAGCUCCAGUAACAGAAGAAUUUCCUGGAAGGCGUGUCAACAAAGUUCUUCCCCAUGGACACAUUAGCUACAAUCUAAUCGAGAUCAUCAUUGAAGAAGACCAGUUUAAGGAAGAGAGCAAGAAGCUAGCAGCCCACCUAGCAGAUCCUGAAGUGGAGGGAAUUUAUGAAACUAGGGUCCCCUUGGAGUUUAAUGCUAUCCUUCAGCUUGGCUGUGUCUGCAAAGUAGAUAAAAAAGCUAAAAAACGAAGUGACCAAGAUAGCUGGACUCUGAAUGAGCUGCAUAUGAAAACAACAACUGAAUGCGCAUAUCUGGAACAGUCAUUGUCCUUCUUUUAUCUUUAUCACAGUAUGUCAGAGUCACGAGCAAUAUAUGUUGGGUACUUCCCUGCAUCCAGAUCGAUAUCUGUUCUGGUGGUUAAUCCCUUCCAAAAUAAAGAAUUAUCACCCCAAAUUCUGGAAAGACUAUUUCGUGAAGCUUGUUUGACAUUGGAUACGCAAUCUAUUAAUGCUACUGAAGCAAUGAAUGUCAAGGUAGAGUAUGUUGCGCAGAUGAAGGAAGCAGAAAAGAACAUGCAAAGAAUGAUAAAUGAGUUCAGAGAUCGGCUUCACGGGCCUGUAGUUGCUGUGCUAGAGUGCCCUAAUGUCCAAUUUCUGAAGUCUAGCAUACGAGCAUUAGAAGAUUUCCCAUGCGUUAACAUUACUUCCAAUGCUCGGGAUAGUCAGUAUCAGGCUCUUGGUUGGCAAAUAGUAGCUGCGAAAAUUGGGAUGCAACGAUGUGCUGCAUCUUCUCAGUGGUUGAGGGAGAGGAUUUCUCUUGCACGUUAUGCGCAUGUUCCACUUGGAAAUUUUGAAGUUGAUUGGCUCCUACAGACAGCAGACAUCUUCUUCUCCAGAGCUUUACAUGAUCAACAACAGGUUCUCUGGAUAUCUGAUAAUGGGAUCCCAGAUCUUGGUGGUGCAAAGGAAGAAAUGGCAGCUUUCAUUGAUGAAGUCAAUCAGCCUGUUCUUAACUACCCUGGUGCGUAUAGGAAAAUUACCGCGGAGCUUAAGGUUCAUCAUCUUGCUGUUAAUGCUCUUCUUAAAAGCAACCAAGUGAAUGAGAUAGAAGGAGGUACUCUGUUUGGAUUGGAUCAGGAUCUGAAUCCGGCUAACAAACUUUCAGAUGAGCAAUAUUGCUUCGAUGAGGUGACUUCGUGUGCACCAGCAUUUCGUGUGCUCAAGCAGUUGAUCCAAAGAUGUCUUUCAGAUGCAGUUACAUCCGGCAAUCUGUUUGCUGAUGCAGUAUUGCAAAAUUUGUACCGGUGGCUUUGCAGCCCGAAGUCCAAACUGCAUGACCCGGCUCUUUACAGUAUGCUACAUAAGGUUAUGCAGAAGGUGUUCGCAUUGCUGAUGGCUGAGUUCCGUAAACUGGGUGCAACAAUUAUAUUCGCUAGUUUCUCGAAAGUUAUUAUCGACACCGGGAAGGCGGACAUGAUUGCAGCCCAAGCUUACUGCGAUAGUCUGGUUAAGACUCUCCAGACUAGAGACUUAUUUGAAUGGAUUGAGAUUGAGCCUGUGCAGUUCUGGCAUUCCUUCCUUUUCAUGGAUCAGUUCAAUUAUGGUGGAAUUCAAGCAAAAUUUCAAGAUGGAUCUUUGGCUGACAAAGUAAGACCCAGUUGUGAAAGCAUGCACUUGGAAUCUGGAGUGGAAAUUGUGUCAAGCUGGAACAUUGCUGAAAACUUAUCGAAGUUGACUCAGGACCACUUCAUCUUGAUUGUCUCCGAAUUUAUGUAUAUACCUUGGAAAUUUGCGCAAGAGCAAGUUGCGAAGCGAGUUUGUUUAGGUGAUGGUGACUUGUGCACUCCAUCAAUCACUGCUGCUGUUGCUGAAACUUUCGAACAGCAGAUGACAGAAGAUUUAAAGACGAAGAUCAGAUCAUACUUCACAGACAAGCUUCUGAAAAUCGUUUGUGAUCCCAGCCUUCAUGUGAAAGGAAAGACCCAGGAAACCAGGAACAUCCAAACUGGGAAUUUGCGGCCUUCAGAGAAUGUGCAUCUUGGCGACCCUGCAUUAGAGUUCAUUAAGUAUGUGUCAGCAGUUUUGGCUCUUGACAAAAAUGUUCAGCAUGAGGUUCUGAUCAUGAGAAAGAAUCUGCUAAAAUUUGUCCGCGUACGGGAAUUCGCACCUGAGGCUGAAUUUAAUCACCAUUCUCCAUCCUUUACUCUACCCAAUGUCAUUUGCAGCUAUUGCAACGACUGUAGAGAUUUAGACUUGUGCCGGGACAGAAAUUUACUGUCUCAAGAAUGGCUUUGCGCUGUACCUCAGUGUGGGCAACCAUAUGAUCGUGAGCUCAUGGAGAACUCUCUUCUACAGAUUGUACGGCAGAGAGAGAGACUUUACCAUCUGCAGGAUUUAGUAUGCCUCAAAUGCAACCAGGUUAAAGCUGCACAUCUAGCUGAGCAUUGUUCAUGUGCUGGAUCAUUUAAGUGCAGAGAAGAAGCAUCUGAGUUUCGAAACAAAAUGCAAGUAUUUCACAACAUAGCUCAAAUUCAGAAUUUCCGGCUUCUACAUGAGUGUACAUCCUGGAUUUUGGAAGUCAGGAAGCGUGACACUGAAGAGAAAGUUCCCCAUCGAGACAUUCCUGGUUCAGUGCAACAUUUCCCCUUCUUCGAAAAGUUGCAGAGUUGA